CUUCCAGAUCCCACAUUGCUGCUACCGGUAUUGACUAUCAGGGGCACGACGUCGGAGGAAAGAGAACCGCUCACGAGCGGAUUCUACCCGAGUCUGCAGCAUUAAACGCGCGGAGCGCAAGAGAUCGUGGGCUAAGGCAUGGCCCCCAAAACCGUCGCUGUCAGCCUCGGCUUUUCCGCAUUGCUGAUCAUUAGCAUUUUCUUAGGCUUGACCUGGGCAAUAAAGGCCCAACCGGUCGUCCCCUGCCAGGCCCCGCUGCAAUGGGAAGGCCGCACGGUGGAGUACGACCACAGCAGCGGCAGGAAUAUCCGUGCCAUGGUGUCUUACGACAGUCCCAACCAGCGCCUCCGUGUUCUGGAAGAAAAAAAGAGGUUCGUCCCUUGCAAAAAAUUUUUUGAAUACAUAUAUCUUUAUAAGGAUGCAGUGAUGUAUCAGAUUGAACAACUGACAAAGCUGUGUUCCAAGAUUUCUUUGAGUGAGCCUUGGGAUCCUUAUGACAUUCCUGACAACUCAACUUACGAAGAUCAGUACUACAUUGGAGGACCAAGUGAUCAAAUUAUGGUCCAGGAAUGGUCUGACAGGAAGCCAGCUAGGAAAUUUGAAAAUUGGGUGGGAGUUUACACAGUCAAGGAUUGUUACCCAGUUCAGGAAACCUACACCAAGAAUUACAGUGUGACAACCUCAACUCGUUUCUUUGACCUCAAACUUGGGAUAAGUGACCCAUCUGUUUUCAUCCCUCCCAGCACUUGCCAGACAGCUCAGUCAGAAAAGAUGACUUAUGUAUGCUGAUGGUAGAUCUUGGCUUCUGCAGUACAUAUGAACCUCCACGAUCAUUAAGUAAAUCAAGAGACUCGAGAAUUUGCAGGGCUUCCUGACAUGGUGCCCUGGAGGGAACCACUGCUCUGUUCAUUAGAUGUUCUGGCAAGAUGAGGCAGCCCUCCGCUUCUGAACUACAGCGCUUCUAGGCAGGUGUCUGGCACCCCUCCAGCUCCAAAGUGAAAGAACCUCCUUGUACAGGCAUUUACCUGGCAUGGCUCACCAGUUACCUCCACCACAAGGCAAGAUUGGCCACUGCCUUGCCAUGGACUGCCAGCGCCCUAAGCUUUUCACGUGUGGUGCCCUAGCUGCUCCCAAUCCUCACUGUGUUUUGCCUUUUUUUGAGACUUGACUUUGUAAUCAAAUUGCAUAUCAAGAUGUUUCAGAGGCUCAGCUGGAAGAAAUCCAUGAGAGAUAGAUGCUACUAUUCUGCAAUAGAUAAGUUUGUGCUCCAGUACUGAAAGUUUAUAAAUAUGGUUAGCUUUCUCUAUAAUGGAAAACUAUUUGUCAUUCUGAGAUGGCUGUGGAGAAAAUAGUGGAAGGAAAUUAAGACUUGCUCGUUUUGUUUAACUUGGUUUUGUUUUUGAUUGGACUGCUUGUUUUGGACUACCAUUGCUUUUGUUCAGUUGUAUUAUAAUUAUAUUGUUCUUUGAAUAAAUUUCCUUUUCAUUUGUGAAGACCUUUUGGAAGGAAGAUUCCCAUUCUGCUUUAUCUUAUAAUAUCCCAUUUUCUUUCUUUCUUAAUGCUUUUUUCCCUUGUGUAUCUUAAAGUAGCUUAAUAAAUAUAUGCAAAUACAAAAAAA